AUGUCACGUCUUGUUUUCCGUGAUCCAAAUCAACUUCGGGCAGGGGAACUUCAUCGCCAUACACCUCAAUGGCUUUCGUUAAUAGAUGAUCUGAACGACGAUCGCUUCACCGAAGUCCGUGAUUGGAUUACUAACGGUGUGGAUGUAACCAAGUUUCUUAGACCGUUUAAAGGUAGUUACAAAGGAAAGAAUUACGAGUGCAGUAUUCCAUCGCGUUGUGUUCUCCCCAAUCACAUUUCAUGCAAACCGUUUACCUCGUUUAUAUCUAAUACGCUCAUGGACCGUUUGCGUUCUGGGGCUAUUUCCCUGUAGGGUAAAGUCGGAGAAUGCACCCUACCUCACCUCGUUUUACCCCUCACUGUAGAGCCCAGCAAACCGCGUCUCUGUAACGCUGACAGAUUUCUUACUCUUUGGAUUGAAGACCCUCCAAUUUCCCUGUAUAGUGUCCAACAUUUGCCUAAGGAUGUUCAUAAAGGCUUUUACAAGACAGUGUGUGACGACAAGUCAGGAUAUGAUCACAUAAAACUUCACCCCAGCAGUCGAACCUACUUUGGUUUCUAAUGGGUAGGCUGGUACUUUCUGAGUGAUUGUAUCCCUGGAACAUUCCUUCUUCGUUGUACAUUGACGAUCGCCAUGAUGGCCAACUGACAUUUCCAGCUGGCUCCUUGUCAUCCGCCUAUUGAGCUCUCGCACAACGGAUGAAGUGAAUUUCGCUGUGGCCCGCGCGGGUACUUUUCUCACGUGCUACGUCUUAACUUCCCUUGGCUACUUCAUCGGCCUGGCACAGUCUGUACUCACCCCUCAAAAGCAAGUGCCAUACCUUGGGUUCAUUAUCGAUUCAGAACGACAAGCGUUUAUUUUGUUGCCACAUAAAAAGGAAAAGUUUAUUCGACUCGUCAAAGAAAUUUUGCAUCGCCAUUGCUUGGAUCUAUUAACUCUGCAGCGGCUUAGCGGUAAAAGCAUGUCCAUGAGUCUGGCAGUUCCAGGCGCGAGGCUUUAUGUUAACGAAAUUAACCUUGCUGUCUCUGGGGCUACUCGCUCUUCGCGGCCGUUGAAAAUGUCUCCUGCUCUGAAGAAAGAAAUUGAACACUGGCUCUUUCUUGAGUCUUGGGACGGCUUUCUUCCCUGGCGGUCUGAAAAGCACACACACGUCAAGCUGUUCUCCGACUCAUCUCACUUUGCUUGGGGAGGUGCUCUAAGCCCAAAUGCUAUUGAGGUGAAAGUCUAUGAUUACUGGGAUGCCUCGAUCGGCAAUACAGCCCGAUAUCGCUACAAAAGAGACCUUGGCUCUAAACAACGUCCUUGA